AUGCUUCAAUCGCGCUUGCAAGCACUGCCCCGCCGCAAUCCCACCACACCAGCUGCCCCGGCACCUGAUCUCGAAGACCAGAACACGGAGCAUGAGCUGGAUGAAUCCCCAGAGGACAUACUUGAAAGCUUUCUCGCCCACCUCUGCCCCGAUGAUGCCACUGCUUGGCACGGAGACCCCGGGCAGCACCUCCUCUACUCCUCCCCGCACUAUGGCGACCUAGAGAUCGCUGUUCCUUCCUAUCCAGAGCAAAGCAAUAAACCAUCGGAGACGACUAUUCAAGCAAAAGAGAAUGACGCAAACGAUGUCGAUGAUAGUCGCAAACUAUUUGCGCAUUUCGUCUGGAACUCGGGUUUAGUGGUCGCUGAAGGCGUGGAGAAUGCAGACAUUCUUCAGACCGAGGGUACAGCAGUGACAGAGACCCAAAUAGAGUCUAUCGAUAUCUGGAACGUGAAGGGAGAAAGUGUUUUGGAACUCGGCGCUGGCGCCGCUCUUCCCUCAGUCAUCUGUGCUCUCGCGAACGCAUCUAAGGUUACAGCCACCGAUCACCCAUCUUCGCCCGCACUCACUGGUACAAUUGCCUUCAAUAUGGAAUAUAAUUUGAGCAAGCGCACGCCGCGGCCAUCAACAGAGGUCUCGAUCCACCCACAUGAAUGGGGAGUGCUGACAGACACCUUCGCCAAACAAAACAAAGGUGGAUACAGUCGCAUCAUCGCCGCAGACUGUUUUUGGAUGGCCUCACAGCACGAGAACCUUACCCGUACCAUGCAAUGGUUUUUGGCGCCUGGGGGCAAAGUAUGGAUUGUGGCCGGAUUCCAUACGGGCCGCCCAAUUGUAGCUGGAUUCUUUGAGAAAGCGCUCAACAAUGGAUUUGAGAUUGAGACGAUCUUUGAGCGGGACCAGGUUGAGCGUGGUGAGAAUGGUGAGGAGAUUCGGAGGGAGUGGCUGCCUGUGCGGGAUGAUGAGAGUAUUGAGCGUCGGAGGAGGUGGUGUGUAGUUGCGGUUUUGAAGCGGAGCGAGUAG